UGCACACACUUCACUUACGCUCGCUGCUCCUGCCUCCCACCCCCACCCUGUUGGAAGUGACAGCAGCAUCCUUUAUAAAGCUGCUCCGGCUGCGUUUGUAUAAACCUCCCUCGUUCCUCAUCACCGUGCAUUAUUUUGACAGAGACGUUGGAGCUACAGAGAGGUGGCAAGUAACGUUGCAGUUGAUUAUUUGCCUUUGUGCCUUGUUUUUGGACUAUGAGCAUGGAUAUGUUGGCCAAGAAGGAGCGGAGAGGCAGGGAUGUGAAAGGCAUGCUGAAGAGGAACUGGGUUCUCAUAGCAACCAUCAUCUCUGUGCUACUGGGAAUAGGUCUAGGUGUGUUAGUAAGGGAGUAUGCUGCACUCUCACACCUUGAUAAGAAAUACUUUGGCUUCCCUGGAGAGCUCCUGAUGAGAAUGUUAAAGCUUGUUAUCUUACCCCUCAUCAUCUCCAGCAUGAUAACAGGUGUAGCAGCUCUUGAUUCAGAAGUGUCAGGCCGCAUCGGACUCCGUGCAGUCGUCUACUAUUUCUCCACAACCAUCAUAGCUGUCAUUCUUGGUAUAAUCUUGGUAACAACUAUUAAACCUGGAGUCUCUCAGACAGCAGACAACAUUGACCGAGCUGGAUCCACUCCAAAUGUCACCACCGCUGACACUCUGUUGGAUCUUAUCAGGAACAUGUUUCCAGAGAAUCUUGUGCAGGCAUGUUUUCAGCAGUACAAGACCCAGCGCAAGGAGAUAGAAUUGCCUGUUUCAAACGACAGCAAUUUGGUUACAACAACAUUCCCACCUUUAACCAACAUAUUGGCAACUGUUGCACAGAACCUGACCAAAGACUACACUAUUGUGGGCAUGUACACAGAUGGCAUCAAUGUUCUCGGCCUUAUUGUGUUUUGUGUUGCAUUUGGGCUGGUAAUUGGCAAAAUGGGAGAACGGGGGCGUAUCCUGCUGGAGUUCUUCGAUGCCCUAAAUGAGGCCACUAUGAGAUUGGUACACAUCAUUAUGUGCUACAUGCCAGUGGGUAUUUUAUUUCUAAUUGCUGCUAAGAUAAUUGAGGUAGAGGACUGGGAUAUCUUCAGGAAAAUGGGCCUGUACAUGGUGACUGUGCUUAGUGGACUUGCCAUCCAUGCCAUUAUUUUUCUACCCCUGAUCUACUUCGUCUUUGUAAGAAAGAAUCCCUUCACGUUUGCUUUGGGAAUGGCACAAGCUUUGGUAACAGCUUUAAUGAUCUCCUCAAGCUCUGCAACCUUACCAGUCACCUUCCGAUGUGCCGAGGAAAAUAAUAGGAUUGACAAGCGGAUCACACGGUUUGUCCUUCCAGUGGGGGCCACCAUUAACAUGGACGGUACAGCACUUUAUGAGGCAGUGGCGGCCAUAUUUAUUGCCCAGUUAAAUGGUCUUGACCUUGAUGUGGGACAAAUAGUGACAAUUAGUAUUACGGCGACAGUAGCCAGCAUCGGAGCAGCUGGAGUUCCUAAUGCUGGACUGGUAACCAUGGUGAUCGUGCUGACAGCAGUGGGCCUUCCUGCCAGUGAUGUCACCCUCAUUGUGGCUGUUGAUUGGCUCAUUGAUCGGUUCCGCACUAUGGUCAACGUGCUGGGGGAUGCCUUUGGUGCUGGAAUAGUUCAGAAGCUCUCAAAGCACGAGUUGGAAAGGAUGGACCUUACCUCUGAUGUAGAUGUAGCCAAUCCGUUUGCCCUCGAAACAACUCUGGAUGAUGAAGAGUGCGAGAAGAAAUCCUACGUCAAUGGCGGCUUUACUGUGGACAAAAGUGAUGCGAUUUCCUUUACAGAGACCUCACAGUUUUAGUCCCAGGUCAGUUAUGGCUGAUGGAAUGGAAUUACUUUUGAAUUCUCUGGAAGAGUUCAGAGGUAAAAAAAAAAGAAUAAAUCAGUGCCAUUACAAGGGGGGAGACUCAUUCCAGAGAACAUGUUCAAAUGCAGACAUUGUCAGUAGCUGUCAUUACUGUUCUCUCCCCAAAUUUGCCCUAUUACUGUGCUGAAUCUACUACUACUUUCUUUGUGCCAAGUUAUUCAUGGAAUGGAGGGGGGGGAAAUGAUGUGAGUGCUUCCAAAAUGUGUUGUCCAGUUGCUAAGAGAUAUGCAAAGGCACUUUUUAAAAAAAAUUUCUUACCUGCGUUGUGGUUUUUAAUGGUUUAAUACUAACAAUUGUUCAUGUAAAUGCUCAGAAACCUGUUCUGCUUUAGAAGUAUGUUAAUAUGCGUGAUUUUUACUGUGCCAACAAAGCAGAUUUGUGUAUAGUGUAUGUACUGCAACAAAGAGCAUGACCUUAACAAAACUAUUCUAUAUAUGACCUGUAGUGUUAAAAAGCAAUAUGGUACUGCUCAGCCUUGUAAUUGGCUUUUAGUGGGUUAAUUUUUAGCAUCUCUCCCUCAAAUCAUUAAUCUUACCUGAACACCUGUCAUUGAAACAUAAGCUACGAGCAUCUUAGAUCUCUAACUUGUGCCAAAUUUAAUGUUUUCGUAUGAAGGAAGCUAUAAAUAUUUAAUGAAGUAUUGCAUGAAGCAAUAUGAUAAACACCUCAGAUGUGGCCUUCGAAGAAUGAAUGAAUCCUGGAUCAUUUCAUUUUCCUCUCAGUAGCUAUUUUACAGUGCCAUUAUCGCAUGAUAAUGCCAUCGAUCUGGGAGGAUGAAGGCAAAUGGACUCCUUCUCCCAUGCAUACAAAGCAUGCUAUAACCAAGGAGCACCGCUGACUUUCUAAGAAUCUCAAUGAGAGGAGCCAUUCUUAUCCUUUUUCCGAAUAGUUUAUUUUCCUAAUUGGUAGAAACAGUAAGUGUGUAAAGUGAGACACAGGUGCAGAGAGAAUACAAAGUGUUAUUAAAUAUUCCCAUCAAUGUGACUACAUUUGAUAGGUUUACUAUAUUAGUGCCAAUCAAAUUAUUUUAUUACAUGAUUUUCACAUACAACUUUGGAUUUGUGAGCCAAGCAGAGAAAUGGCUGAUUUAUAGUCAACUAUGGUGAUCCAGAAUUUACACUGUAUAGGCUGUUCAAAGCACAUUUUUGUCAACGUCUCAAUCAAUUACAGUCCGUUAGCUUACUUGUAUAUCUCAACAUGUUAUGUAACUAUAAAUGAAUAAAAUACAUUAAAUCUG